UUACAUCGCACGGCCGAAGCAAGGAGCUAAAUAUAACUCCUUUAUUAUAUUUAGCUCCUUGGGCGAAAGAACCAUAAACACAUCAUGGCUUUUUGGGAACUGCGUGAACGAUAUAUGUGACAGCAUCGUGAGUAAGGAACGCUGCAGUCGCAUGGUGCACUUCAUAUUUCCAAUGCAGUCUCGAUAACUAGUGAAACAGAAUGGACCAUCCAACCUGCCCCUACGUAUAAUUACCCAGUGGUAUGUGCAGAGUGCAUUACUGGUUCAUGCUGGUUCUUCAAUGAACACAAUGACUGGGAAACGAGGACGCAAGCCAGUGAAGGUAGACCAAAUAGCGAAGUUGGAGCGCAGCAGACAGAGUGCCCGUGAAUGCCGCGCGCGAAAGAAGCUGCGCUAUCAAUAUCUAGAGGAACUCGUUGCCAGCAGGGAGAAGGCCGUAAACGUCCUCAAGAGCGAAAUGCAGCCUCUGAAGAAGCAGUGUAAACUGUUGGACGAAGGCAUUGUGCCUGUGGAGGUGAAGCAGUUCGCUGAGGAGAUGGACAGGAAAAGAGAAAAAGCAGGUGAGGAUGGAGCAGACUUGCAGGGUCCAAGCACUAGUGUAGAGCAGGCACCAGUAGUCAAGUCGGAGUUUUGGGACAAUGGCUCGUGUGACGACUACACAGUUGGUAACACUUGCGCUUACAAUGAUACCAUGGAUGCAGAAUAUUCAAGCACGUUGUCACAGGAGUGCGAAAAGUACCAAGAUAGUGAAAGCUUUUAAGUGGAAAGGUGAGACUAGUUGAGUCACUGGUUGGAAAAAUAAUAAUAGCCUGGUUCAUAGGUAGUUUGUUCACGUAUAGAGGACUUGCAGGUGACAUCUGACGCAUUGUUAUAGUUUACUCCACCAUAUUUGAUGUCUAGCUAGAACAUAAUACAAAUUUCAGUUACCACCUCUCUCCUUGCCAUGUCUGUGCAUAAAUGGCAAUAAUAUUGAGACUUGAAACAUUCAGUUUAAACAUGGAAUUUCACAGCCCGUGGUCAAUGUUCUGUGUAGUUGAAUAUAUCAAAUAAUAUAUUACACUUGCUUAAAAUAAUAUAUAUAUAUACACUUGCUUAAAUUUAUAUUUUUUAUGAAAUACAUCAUUAUUUUUGAAACACAGAUGAUAAUUUUGUAAAAAUAGAUAGCUACUGCUAAUACUAAUCAUUGAGCCCUGAACCAUUUGUAGUAAAAUGUUGUAAAGCAGUAGUCACAACUACGUUUCAGAGGAAUUUUGAUAAGUUUCUAAUGUUCAUUAGUGAAUAUGUGUUAACAGUUUUAAUAAUUAUAAUUCGAGAAAGGUGGAUUUUUAGAGCAGGAUCUUGUGAUUCAAUUUCAUAGUGCAUUUACAUGUAUCCAAAAUUAUUUGGCUAGGUGGGCUGCCUGGAAUAAUCUAAACCAGUGACGUAGUUGCAGGGCUCAUAUAUAUAUACAUACCUCCCGUACCUGUACAGGAACCCUAUAAAGUUAUCAAAUUCGAAAGGUUUAAUGAAGUACUGUGCAUGUUGCCAUUUCAGCCAGAUUUGGAGAGUUGUUCUUAAUGAGUACUUGCAUGUACUCAUAGGUGUAGGCUGCAGCAGUAGUACUCGUAUUGCCAGUAAAACUGAGAGGGUCUAUGUCCCCCAGGGUACUGCCGGAACGUACCCUG